AUGAAUAAAAUUGACUUUAUCGAUUUAAGGAAAGAGAAGAUAGUAGCUAGGGCCAUUGAAGGGACAGUUACCAUCGAUGAAUAUGUCGAGUUGGAUGUGACGGUAACAGAUACCACACAGACAAUAAAGUUUUACUUGUUAAAAAGAUUACUUAGUACACAUGGUUGCGAAUCAAUAAUAGGAAUGCCAAUCAUACGUAAUAUGAAAAUAGACUAUAUCCACAAUGUAUUCAAUAAAAAUGAUCAUAAUAGCAUUACUAGUGAACAGAUUACAACACCAACUAGACAUCCUCAACUUGAGUGUGAUGGGUUGACAAAAGAUAAACUGGAAGAACUGGACCACCAAAUCCGUUCCGAUAGUAAAAAAGAACGAGAGAAUGAUCUCGCUAAACAAUUAAUGGAUAAGUUCAAAGAAAUCUUAUCAAAUAUCUCUUUAGAAUGCCACCAGAAAGAAAAUUUACAGUUUAGCUUAGUUAACAUGAAUAGAAAAGAUUAUAAAUUAUUAAUAAUUAAAUGUGGAGGUGCUUACCUUACGAAAAAGGAUCAACACCAACAAUUGAAUCAAGAUAACUUUAAUAGUUUACUCGAUAUUCUAGAUUCAUUAUUAAAGAAAAAUUAUAAAUUGAUAUUGAUCAUUGGUGCUGGUAGUUUUGGUCAUCAUGAAGCGAAACAAUAUAAAAUAACUGGUGGUUUUAAUUAUAACUUUGAUGAGGUAAAUGAUGUUGUUGAUUCAAGAAAAGGAAUGAUUGCAACUAGAUUCAGUGUUUUGAAAUUGUUGAAUCUGGUCUGUCUGGAAUGUCAGAAACGAUCGAUAUCAGCAAUGCCUUGUUCGCCAUUUGAUGGUUGGAUGACAGAUAACAAUGUAGUGAUCAAACACAAUGCAGAUUCCAUUCAAUCGAUGCUCGAUCUAUCAAUCAUUCCAGUGCUACACGGAGAUGUAUGUCUUGACCGAUCGAAAGGUUGUACCAUCUUGAGUGGUGACACUAUCAUACAGGUUCUCUGUGAACAACUUAAACCACAACCAACCCGAGCUAUAUUCAUAACCGAUGUCAGCGGAGUUUAUGAUAGACCACCAAACGAACCAAAUGCUAUCAUCAUAUCAAACAUCUCAUCAUCAUCACUUACAAACAACGAUAUUUCAGUUUCAAACUCUAAAUCAGAGCAUGAUGUAACCGGUGGAAUGCGUGCUAAACUUCAAUCGGCAUUGAAUAUCGCCAAUAUGAACAUUGAUGUAGUUAUUAUCGGUGGUGAUUCAAAAUCAAUAUUAGAAUCACCAAAUCUACUUAACAAUGAUCAUUCAUCAGUUGGAACUGUUAUAACAAAUAAAUAA